GUCGUGUAUGACCUUAUUCAUAUGUCGGCUAUAUAACAAUAAAUACACAAAUAUAUGAGGAACACAUAUAUGACAAAAAAAUAACAAGUCAACAAAACAAGAAAAAACAAAUUGUCAUCAAAUUUAAGAGAAAAACCAAAAAUUCUGCGAUAAAAUCAAAAAAGUUUCAACAGAAAAAAUAUUCGACGAGAAAAAAUUGAAGAAAAGUUAAAAUCAAUAAUCAGAGGAAAAUUCGAGAGAUUUUCGGAUGUACUUUGAAAAGUUUGAAACUGAAUAAGAAGAAAAGUGAACCGUUAGCCCAAUUUCUGGAUUAAUAAAUAAAACACAAAAAUUGGAAAGCAUGUAGUAGUAGUCAGAAAAGCAGUUCGUUCAAUGUACAUGGAUUACGCGAGUGAAUGUUAUUAUUAUUCCGCAUAUACACAACACACGUACAUGUAUAGCUAAAGAGUGCAUAUAGCUAGAUAGCUAAAUAAAUAGAAAAUAGCAACAACACGAGAGAAUAAAAUGUGCGCAUUUGUAGUAGUGAUAUAAAUAUUGAUAUUGGAAAAAGUUUUAUAACACAUAUAUGUGUAAAAAUUUAUAUGAAAUGUAUGAAAAAUGAUUAUCUUUAGAUGAAAUUUAACAAGAAAUCUCAUUAGUUGCUGCAAAUAAAGUAAAAGAGCAAAAGAAAUUUUAAUGGGAAAAUUGACAUUUGUCAAAAGAAAAAAGUGUUUGUGAAAAUUUUCGGCUCUCUCAAUGUUGAAUAAAUAAGAAACAAGAUAAUCCCAAAACAGAAGUAAUUAGUGUCAAAAUAAUAUUGAAGAAAUUCGAACCAAAUGUCAUUUUGAUGAGUAUUAAAAGUGAAGAAACUGGAAUAAAGUAUUCAGAGUGAAUAAUUUAGAGAGUCGAAACAGUUUGUCGUUAAUACGAACAAAAAUAAAACUUAAAAUGGAUUUGUUCCAUCUAAAUGAAUGGUAAUCGAUUUUUCAGUUGGUCGAAGAAGAAAAAAAAGAAUACGCGUGCAGCAACAUCAAAGCAGCUAUAGAUAUAAAAUUUAUAUGACACAGUAUAAUCGUGUGUACAGCAAAAUAUACCAAAUGGUAUUCGUAGUACAACUACAUAUUCUUAAUGUUGUACAUGGAAAGUGAUAAAGAAAAAUUUUAAGAGGAAUGAGCGCUGAGGUAGGCGUUCAUUGGAGACCAAUUGUGUCGUCUUGCAAUUCGCCAUCAGGCACACCAAAUGCCUCUGCGACGUCAUUGCCUCCUUUGCCUGACCUGAUUCCGAUCAAGAAGAGCCAAAAAUGCUACGACCGGCUUUUCAAGACGGAAAACAGCGCGUGUCACAUUGAAACAUCUUGUUCUUCAUCGUGUUCGGGAUCCUCGACGGCAACGUCGUUGUGUGGCAAUGUUUCAUCUGGCGAAACGCCAUCAUCCGUAAAACAAGCCGGUUCAAAUGAGAGAGCUUCAGUUUGGUCAUCGGUUACAAAAACUUCGACAGCGGAUUGCUACGAGUUCGUAGAUGAAUUAGAAUUUGAUGAUUUCAAUGAUGGAAUCAGUACUACAAACACUCCGCUCGCGACGUUGAAUAGUACGCGCAAUACGAAAACUAAGUGCAAUAGUGGCGGGAAAAAGAGACAAGCAUAUAACCAAUUUGUACCUCUGUAUACGGGUAAUAGCAAUAAUUGUAAUGGUAUUGGAGCGCGCACAAAUACCAAAGCAUCAGCGAAAGACGAAGUCUUCGUACUGAAGCAAGAAAGAGGGGAAACUUCCGAAGUUUCAGACUCUCUUCUCAGCGAUGACGUCAAAAAGGAAAAACAUCGUAGGAGUCGGCGCAACAAUACACACACACAACAACAAAAUACUUUUACUUCCGCAGACACGGUACAUCCGAUCGAUUAUCCUGAUACCGAUGUUUUCGAUGCUGAUGAGUCAAAGUCACGUGACGUAUCCUCUCGCAUUGAUAACAGCAGUAAUUGCACUGUUUCAGCAUUGUAUGAUGAUGCAAAUGAUUUAAUUGAUGACGAUGGAUACGAAAAUGGUAAUGCAAAUCAUUACACUAAUGAAAUGCACACAAAAGCAAUACGGGCGGUAAAUAAAAAUAAAGCACAACAGAAACAUCGUAAAACAGGCAGGAGAAAACAAACGAAGAAACGCAAACCUGUACGACAAUCAAAAACAAACUCCAUUAAAAAGACACAGCAAUUUACCUAUCAAUCCAAUAAAUUUAAUAAUUGUCGAAAUAACAAUAAUAACAACUCCUUAUCUGUACCCCGCGUAAAUCCCAUUUUUCUGUGGGUAAAACAAGACGAUACGACAAUCGUGGAAGUACGAUGCGAAGAUUAUGACAAGAGAAAUCGUAUACGAUUAACGAAGACUUCAAACGGUUGGAAAGCAAUUCCGCGUACUGAAAAAUCCUUUCUUUUGCCGCCAAGCAAUUUGGAGCACUUGCAUCGAAGCGACGAAGGCUCAACCAGUAAUGUUGUCGAUACGGAAGAAGAAACACGGAAAAAAGUUCACAAAAAACAUAAACGGAAGAAGAAGAAGAAGCAUAAGAAAGAACGUGUUGACUCUGUCGAUUCAACGCGCGAACAAACAGAUACAACAACAACGACGGAGACUGAAUUAAAGGUUCCUCCGAUCAUUGUAAAUAUCAAACAAGAAGCUGUCGAAAAACGCGCUCACACGACAAAACGCAUUGACGAAAGCGAAGAAAGCAAGGCGAUAAAGGUUGAAGCACUUGAGCCCCGGGAACCUGCUGUGCAUAACGGCACAUAUGACGAAGCAAGAAGUUUUCCCGAAGAAUUUGAUAAUAUCGAAGCGCAUAUCCCGUCUCAUACCAUAUCACUUGCAGCUAUAAAUAAGGACAGAUAUGUGCAUGCGCAUGUGUCACACAACAAUAAUAAUAACAAUGAUUUUAUAUCUGAACUUGGGUUUAAUCAUCAGGAAAGCCAAGAGAAUACAUGCAUUGAGAAACCAAUACCUAAUGAUAUUUCGUCUGCAUAUCAUCAUCGCAUCGUCGAAGCUUCGUGCGGCGGGAACAGCGAAAGCAUGUCUAUGUCUAACACGAAUAGUAUUAUAGGUGCAUCGCCUACCCCAAUUUUGAUACCAUCGCCUCCUCUAGUUUCUAAUAUUGAGCACGAACACGAGCACGAAACACCAUCUGCAUCCCUAUUUUCACAAGCAUCAACGUUGGAGAAUACAAGAGUAAGAAACGUGGUAGCUUGUUCUACACAAACUAUGGCACACAUGGAAAGCUCUAUUUCGAGUGUUCCUGUUGCGAGAAUGGAGAUGCAUAGUAACGGCGAUGGCGGGGAAAAUAGAAAAGUGCAUUCGCAGUCUCUACAACUACCCAAUAAUAAUAAUUCUAUUUGCGAAACUAGACUAUUAGAUGAAUCGGGUGCUGUAUGCAAUAACAUACAACAACAGCAAGGAGUGCUAAGGGGUACAAAAGAUGCAUCUACCACAUCAUCUAUAUCAAAUAUGUGCCCAGAUAGUGCACCGCCAACUGCUGUGUAUGAGACAUUAAAACGAGAAGUUGCGGAGUGUAUCGAAAAUACGGAGCAUUUAUUAAGUGAAAAUAAUAAAGAAAACGUUUUACAUUUUCCUGAAAAUAAACAUUUGAGUGAUUAUCCCGAUUGUUCUGAAUUAAUAAAUGAAAUUAACGCCGCCACACACGAUCUAAUGAGUCAACAUUGUGACAAUACAAUGACUGGCGCUGAACUCAUAGACUCGUUAAUUGAACAAAGGUGUGAAGACAAUCAUAUUUCGGGUACAGAUGAUGAUGUGAAAAAUUCAAUUUAUACGAUAUCAGACGAUUACAAUGAAGAAGAUGAUUUAUUGCUGAACCAAGCUCCCGUAUCAGAUAUUUUAUCAAGAUUAAACGAGACACUAUCGUCAGCACCAAAGUGCUUGUCAUUUAACGAAGCGGGCGAAAUAGAAGGGUUGCACGGUGAUUUAUUCGAUACAGCGCAUAAUCCAUUAAACACAAUGGAAGAUAACAUGGCAAAUCCAUUUAGUCAAAAUACAGGUCUUGACGACUUGUCGCUUACCAUUAAAAACUUGACGAAUAAUAGUGAUAGUGAAUUUAGUGAUAGUCGCAAAGAAAGCGAUAGUAGCAAAGAUUGUAACAAUUCGAAUCAAAGUAUAACAAUUUUAUCCGCGGAUUCAGGCGAAGAAGAAAUUCCCAAAGACUUGACGUGCAAAAAACAAGAAAACGAGGCAAGCGCUUCAACUGUCAAUCAAAAGAAAAGUGUUUCUCAUUCUCCGCGCCCCGUAUCACACAGCUCAGAUACCAUUCAAUCGCCUCAGCCAAGCGGAUUGCCUGCUGUUCCGCCAUCUCCUGAACUCUUUCCAUCGAAUAACAACAAUAAUAAUAACAAAAAUCAAUCAAACAGUAACAGCACGAAACUUUUUAUAGAAUCAAUAUUAGCGUCUCCCAAACGAACGAGUUCAGAAGCGCAGCAAAAAGAGCCUCUCAAUUUGGGAAAAUGUCGAAAAUCUGCAAGCCCAACAGUGAGUUGUUCAGAAGAAAUCAAAAAGAGUCAUGCAAUGGAGCCCGUUGUCAUUUCUGAUGACGAGCCAUCGAAGAAACGCAUGAAAAAAGAGACGAAAGACAAAGAAGUAAUUGACGUCGAUAAAUUACCAAAUCCUGAAACAGCACGGUUAUUGGAGCUCCUAACUUCAGGCAACGAUCCAGAUCCUUUAACGCAAUUUCGAUUGCUUAUCAGUAAUCCUGCUUGGAAAGUACCUGAUCCUCUUCUUGUGCCAAAAGAUCGUCUCAAUGCGGUUCUUGCUUCGCCUGCGAGAGAAAUUCCUUUGUUAUUGACGACUCGACCUGAAUUGCGAUUACCUGAAGCAUUCGCUUUUCCUGCCAUUUUACAAGAUCCUGAUAUUCUUGUCAUCUCGUUGACGCAACUCGAGCGUAUUUUGCAUAACCAAGAUGAAUUGCUAAAAGCAAAAGCAAAGGCCAGCGAAAAAGAAGGAGAUGCAAAGAAACCUAUCGAGUCACCAAAGAAUAGUUCUGUGCCAAAAAGUGAUAAUCCCGUCGAAACACCUGAAAACGCAAAUGAUAUGACAGCGGCAAUGAGCAUGUUUAAUCAAAUGUUAUGGCUCCCGUAUUUACAACAAAUGGGACAAUUCAAUCCGGAGAUGAUAAAACGUAUGAUGGGCUUACAAGCACCCUCAAUGCCUGAUAUGCUUUCUCUUAUGUCUCAAAAUCGCUUUAACGAUUUCUCAAUGCCCAAUCCGAUGGAUUAUAAACGUCAAAUUGAAGCCGCAAUGUGGCAAGAAGCAAUGGCAAAUGACGCAAAUUUACAACGCGCGAUGAAAAUUAAGGCAGAUAGUCAAAAGAAAGCACACGAAGCAAAAGCAUCAGCUACAUCAAAAUCUCAGGAAAAUGCACGAACACUUGCAGCUGCACAAGCACAAAGCAAACUCAGUCAAAUGAUGAAUCCAUUAAACCCAUUAGCAGGCAUGCCUCCUUUUAUGCAACCAACUCUUGCAAAUCAACGAUUUUUCCAACAGCAACAAGCCGCACAAUUACGAAAUCAAUUGACGUCACAACAAGCAGCAAGUCAAUUACAAGCGGCGUACAAUGCGAGUGCAUAUAACAAACAAUCCGUCAAUAGCCAUCAUGCCAAUAGUCGAUCUCAACCGUCUCCAAAUCAAAAGAAAGCCUCAACGAACAGCUUACUAAAUCAAAAUCCUUUCCUUCAAGUUCCUAACAACUUUCAGGAGUUUCACGAGCAACAACAACAACUUGCUCGUCGUCUCCAAAAAGAAAAAGACCAUCAUCUCAAACAACAGCAGCAACAACAAAUUCAACAAGACUCUAAACCACGCGUUACGUGUAAAUCUCUCUCGAAUCUAAUGCAACCGCCUCGUAACGCAACGCAAGCCGAUCUCGCAAUGUUUGGACACGCAAAUAUGUCAAAAAUGUCAAAUUUAAUGGCGAUGCCGGGCAUUAAUAUGCAUCCAGGCGCUUCUUCGUCGUCUUCAAAUCAAUCCGCAAGUUCAUCGCAUUCGCAGCAUAACCAUCAUCAUUCGCAGCAAACGCAUCAUCAUCAACAACAGGCAAAACUAAAGGUCAAACCGGGAUUGUCGUUACUUGAUCCCGCAGCUUUACAACGACGUCUUUUGAGUAACGAAGAUGACAUUACAGGCGGCGCAGUCAAUUUGGAAGAAUCACCUGAUAUGGCAUCUCCCUUAUGGCAUCCCUUGUUUGGCAAUCAGCAAAAAUCCAGUUACAACAGUCCGUGGAAUUGGACAACCGUAACAGCGAGCGGCGAAUGACAUAACCUCGGGGCUCGCAAAGAGUCCGCAUCCAACAACAGCAUGCAACAUGCACUGCAAAACUCCGUGAUGCAUGCAUCGGGCAAUGGAGGCGCAAGUUCCAGCGGAAACAACAACAACUCGGGCAACAACAGCAUGUCUCAGCAGUCGAAUCGAGCAUUACCACCGUUUGGAUUUGAUUUUUCCAACUUCCAUAAUACCUAUUAGUUCAAAAAAAAAAUGGGAAUGUCUGAAAAAAAUAGAAAAAGGUAAUUAAAUGUCUUGUAGUAGAAGAAAAAAAGCGAAGAGAAAUUUAUUAGAGAUAAAAGUUUAGCUUAGAAUUAAAAAAAAAGAAAGACCAAAGUUUGCUUCAAAAAAAAAAAUUAAAAAAAUAGAAAUGUGUCGUUCUUUGUAAAAGCAAAAAAUUGUCAAAAAAAUUUUUUAGAUAGUUAAAAUUUCUUGUUAAACUCGUUUUAGGGCAUGAAUUUCGUUUUUUUAUGUUUCCAAAAAAAAUUUUCCAUAACAACACAAUUUUAUAUCCAACAUAAAAUGAUGAUUUUUUGGAAAAAACUUGAGCAAUCUCCUUGAAAAAAGUUUUUCCGAGCGAAACACGCGCAUGCAUAUUUUUUGCAAUCAAUCAACUUCGUGUGACGUUCAAUGAACGUGUUCGUGUUACAUAAAUAUACGAAUAAUUUAAAUA